GUAAUAUGACGUGACGUGAUCUUGCCUUCCGCCAUUGUAUAGGUAAUCGAAGUUUGUUGUGUACUUAAUCAAGAAUAAAUUCCCUAGUUAUCGUACUAUUGAGAUUUAUUCUUUUUGGAAACGAUUCACUAUCGAGAAAUAUUGUGCAUCCUAGUUUUGUGUAUAAUUGUGACCAUGUCUUCUAUGGAUAUUGAUCUGUGAUUUGUUGGUGUUUACUAUUCAUUUUUGUGGGACAACAAGUGAAGUGACGCGAUCUCCUUGUGCUAAGGCAAAACAAGCUAUAAAUAAUUUGCUACAAACGGUUCGGCGAUUUGGUAAAUCUAUUUUUUCUUCUUAUUUGUGAUGUUCCCGCAUUCCACCAGAGCGGAAGAAGAACAGAAGACGAAACUGAUUCCGAGUGUAAAUCUGCUACACUCUAAGAGAAAAGGAAUAUUCAUACACCCCUCUGCUAUGUACAGAAAUAGUCUUCCGUGCUGCAGUAUUAUACAGGCACCGUUUAUAACAAUAAAUUUGAGUGGGUAAUUAGCAAGAAAUAUAAAAGUACAGAAAAUGAAACUUUUGGAGAGUGGCCGCUUAGAGGCAUUGAGCAGAGCACUCUCUAUUUUGAAUGGGGAUAGUGCCGUACAGGGCCGUGUGGAAAGCUAUAGCUGCAAGAUGGCUGGUGCUGAGAAGUCGUUUUAUAAACGGUUCACUGCAACUGGAGAAACUACUCUGGAAGCAUUGUCACCACCAGAGAGUUUUAUGUACAGCCGAAGCUUGUCUGGUGAUGAAGAUGGUGUUCUCUGUGACACCAUAUCUCGUAAAACAUUGUUUUACUUAAUUGCGACACUGAAUGCUGCCUUUCCAGAUUAUGAUUUUUCAAUGGCUAAGAGCAGUGAAUUCAGUGCAGAGCCCUCACUCAGUUGGGUGCAAGGAGCAGUGGAUGCUUCCUUGUCUGCAGUGGGUGGUGUGCGCUGGCGGCAACUGAGACCAUCAUUGUGGACUGCCGUUGAUGAGGAGGUGGUGUUGUCAGAGUGUCGCAUAUAUAGCUACAACCCAGACCUUGCCAGUGAUCCAUUUGGUGAGCCUGGUUGUCUGUGGGCAUUUAACUACUUCUUUUAUAACAGAAGAUUAAAACGGAUUGUCUUUUUCACUUGUAGAGCUAUGAGCCCUGUGUGUGCUGUUGACUCAGGAGUCGAUUUUGCCAUGGAUGAAGAUGAUGAAUACAAUUAAAAUGUAAAAUGUCAACUUCCUUUUUCGGAACAAGAUUUUUGGGGAUUGUAAUAAUCUUGUGGUAAAUGCUUUAAAACAAAGUAUUUGACUGAUCUGCUGGUCGAGGGAUCACCAGCACAACUGCCAAGCAUGUAGUUUCAAGAUGGAUACACAAAUUGAUAUUUAAACUGUCAAACACCAAGCGGUCACCGGUGACCACAACCUAUUGUUCUUUAAUUGUGUCUAUAUUGACGGUACUCGACGAGUUAAUAAUGAAUUUUCCAAAUUCGAAUACUGUGUAGUUUUCCUCUGUGUUUGGCAGUAGGAUUGCCUAUUUUAAAUAGGACUCCAUUCCAAGCUAAAAUAUCAUUUGAGGAAUGAAGUUAUGUUUUUUUUUCUCUUUGUAUUAUUGCACCAGUAUAGCUUUUUAUCUGUGUUAUUGAUAAGUAUUCACACAUCUCUGAAAUUAAAAAUCACCCAACUGAUGUUUAUGGUCAUUCAGAAAUCAACUAUCAGUACACGUUUUUUCAUAACAUAAUUAAGUUGUUGAGAAUAAAAUUUCAUUUCUUCAUCUUAUCCAUAAUGCAUUUAUACCUAUGAUUAAAUUAAUAAAGUUUUUUUAUACAAGUACUGAAAGCAUCUAAAACCCCAUUCAUCUGAGUUACUGUUUAUUCUAUGUAUAAUGGCGGCGCUCUUGGCUGUAGAGCUCUUUAUACUAAGGUAGAUACCCUGGUCACAGGUUUUUAGGCCACACAUGUUUUAUUUAAUUACUAUAAUUUUUAAAGGUAUGUAAUGGUGAUUAAUUUUAUUUUAAUAUAAGCUUUGUUCUGCUUUAUUAUUACAUUCAUUAUAAUAUGGAGGAUAAGUAGACUGCUCAAAA